GCGGGGAGGGAGGGUAGAAAAGGGGCGGGGAGGGGCGGAGAGGGGGCCGGAGCGCUCGCUGGCCGCUCGCUCCCUCGCUCGCUCGCUCCCUGGCUCCCUGGCUCCGAAGAUGGCGGCGGGUAGGCGCUCCCCGAAGAGCGGGCUGCUGGAGCUGCGCGCUCCGGGUAGCGCGGGGCCCGGGCCCUGGCUGCGGGUCUUGGUCAGCCUGGCAGCGGACGUGGUGACGGUGAGCGCCGCGCCGGCUAGCGGCGAGCCUGAGCCGGGGCCGGGCUCGAGCUCCGAGCCUGCGUCCGCGUCCUUGCCCCAGCUCAACGGCGCGGAUCCCGGGGCGCCCGCGGCCCCCGGAGCGCCCCCAACGCCGCCGCUGCCCCACGCGCUGCUCAACCAGAAGCGGACCGUGCGCGUGGUGAAGCAAGAGGCGGGCGGGCUGGGCAUCAGCAUCAAAGGUGGCCGAGAGAACAAGAUGCCCAUUCUCAUCUCCAAGAUCUUUAAGGGACUGGCAGCUGACCAGACAGAGGCUCUGUUUGUGGGCGAUGCUAUCCUGUCCGUGAAUGGUGGGGACCUCUCCACCGCCACUCAUGAUGAAGCAGUGCAGGUGCUCAAGAAAACCGGCAAGGAGGUGGUUCUGGAGGUCAAGUACAUGAAGGAGAUCUCGCCAUAUUUCAAGAACUCGUCGUCAGGGGCUACUGUAAGCUGGGAGUCACCGACUGCCUCCUCCCCGACCCUCUGCCCCCGGGAUCUCAAGGAGGGGAAAAAUGUCUCCUUGAAGAUGGCCUAUGUCUCGAGAAGGUGUAUCCCCCCUGAUGCUGAGCGCAGGUAUUUGGAACUGCGUUCUGCAGAUGGUCGUGACACCCUCUUCCUGAGGGCCAAGGAUGAGGCCGGUGCUCAGGCAUGGUUGGCUGCCAUCCAGGCUAACAUCAGUGUCCUCGUGCCCUGGGUCACUGAUGAACUGCAGGCCCUGCUCACAGGCGCUGGAGGUGUUGCUGGGAGCAAGGAAAUCAAGCGGAUAGGCUGGCUAACCGAGCAGCUCCCAGGCGGGGGGACAGAGCCUGUUCUGGCCGUCCUGACGGAGAAGGACCUUUUGUUCUAUAGCAAUCUCCCCCAGAACCGAGAUGCCCUCAACGCACCCACCCGCAGCUCUUCGCUCAUUGCCACAAGGCUGGUGCAUUCAGGUCCCUCCAAGGGCUCUGUUCUCUAUGACCCAGAGCUAUCCUUCGUGCUGCGCUCGGGGACCCAUCAAGGUGUGGAGACACACCUGUUCAGCGUGGAGUCACCCCGGGACUUGGCCACCUGGACCCGCCUGCUGGUGGAUGGUUGCCACAGUUCUGCAGAGGUUGUCCAGGAGGUGUCCACAGCCUGCACAUGGAAUGGGCGUACCUGUAGCCUCACCGUGCACAUCGACAAGGGGUUCACCCUCUGGGCGGUGGAGCCAGGUUUGGCCAAGGCCCUGUUGCUGCAGGAACCUUUCGAGAAGCUGCAGAUGUCAUCCGACGAUGGCUCCAGUCUGCUCUUCUUGGACUUUGGGGGUGCUGAGGGCGAGAUUCAGCUGGAUCUUCACUCCUGCCCCAAAACCAUCGUUUUCAUCAUCCACUCCUUCCUUUCUGCCAAAGUCACCCGCCUGGGGCUACUGGCCUAAGGGCUCCAGGGUAGGAGCUUGGGGGCCACAAACCCAGGAAGAGAGGCCCACACAGCUCACUGACUGACAGAAGGCUGGAAGAGGAGAGCAGAACGUCAACAGAACAGAGCCAGGAAAUCAGUGGUGCCGGGCCCGGGGUUGCCAGAAACCACUGUCUGAUGAGGGCUUACAGGGGGUGACCUCCUGAGACACAGUGACCCUGUGAAGGAGCAGCUGACCCCGAGGCUGUUCCCAUACCAGUGCCUUGCAGAGUGCUAUUUUGUGUACAAAUAAGCCAUUCCUUAUUUGAUAUUUUCGUGGCCAGGGCCAAGAAGGAGCCAGGAGGAUGGGAGGACAAGGAGGUCUGCUCCCAGCUCCAGGCAGGAGAGAGCCCCUCGGGACAGGUUGGCAUUUGGCAUAGCCAGGUCACAUGGAUGCAGAGAGUGAGCCAUGCCUUAGCCUGACCUGACCCAUCCCCAGAACCAUGGCUCUUUUUACGGAGGGAGAGAAGCCACUAUGCCUACUUGAGGCCCUUGGGCUUCCUCCAGAUGUGGCCCUUCCUGGGGCAAUGAGAAGGAGGAAGACACUUCCUAUUUCCUCUGCCCAAAUUCCACUAUGGAAUCUUUUCUCUCCCUUUUGUGUUCUCUUUUUUUUGCAUUCUCUUGGUGAAAUAAACAGCCCAACCUCUCCACCGUCCAGCUA